AUUGAUACCAACCUGCCACCCGCAAACCUCCGUGUCAAGCGCGCUCUCGUCCGUAUCAACACUCCCGCCCUGCGCGCAUAUCAAAACCGUUGAUUCGUAUCGAGACCGGAAUGAGCCCGAAAAUGGCACGAUGGUGAAUUGUAGCCACGCAGUCCUUCCGAAGCCCGAACAAACCACGACGGGCAGAUCCGGCAAUCGUCCUACCCGGUAUUACCUGCUGAGGCUUGACGGGGAAGACAAGCAGCAUCCCUCUUCUCUCCGCCAGUCCUGUUCAGUCAACGCCAGCGAGGUGAGAGAAGUGGAGAAGAAAGCUUGAAGGAGCUGCGCUUACUCUGCCAGUCUUUGUAUUCGCUUUCUUUUUGCUGGUCGCUCAAACCUUUCGUCGUUCUCUGUGCGAUGGUGUUUGUUUGAUUGAUACCUCAUCGGACGGCCGUGGCUUGUGACGAUCGGAGACCGGGUGAAUUUUUUAACGCUUCUGUUUAUUCGCUUUUGUCCACUGGCCCUUCGAUCAGUCGAGAUUGUGAGAUAGAGGAGAGGGGAAGCUUUUGGUUGGAGCAGUUGUGAAUCGGGGGAGUUAGAAGAAGAAUGUCGAAGGUAGUAUAUGAGGGAUGGAUGGUGCGCUAUGGUCGGAGGAAGAUCGGCCGUUCGUACAUCCACAUGCGGUACUUCGUACUCGAGACUAGGGUUCUUGCUUAUUACAAGAGGAAGCCCCAGGGUAACAUGGUUCCUGUUAAAAGUCUUUUCAUAGAUGGGAGUUGCAGAGUGGAGGAUAGAGGUCUUAAGAUUCACAAUGGCCAUAUGGUUUAUGUACUGUGUGUGUACAACAAAAAGGACAAAUACCAUCGAAUCAUGAUGGCUGCAUUCAACAUUCAGGAGGCUCUGACCUGGAAGGAGAAAAUUGAAUCUGUGAUUUAUCAGCAAGGUUUAAGCACAAAUAAUGGAAAUAUGUCACACGCUUCAUAUCUGUCCAAAGGUGGCAAUCAUGUUGAUCAGAAUGCUUCUUCAUCUGACAGGGAAAGCCUUGCAAGUGCUGAAGACGAUGAAGAGCAUAGCCGCUCAUUGAUACGUAGGACAACAAUUGGCAAUGGCCCUCCUGAAUCAAUUCUUGAUUGGACACGGGAAUGUGAUUCAGUGUUAUCAAAUCAGAGUACUUCAGAUCAAGUUUUUUCUAGAAAACAUUGGCGUCUUGUCAGAUGCCAAAAUGGUCUUCGCAUUUUUGAAGAGCUUUCAGAAGCUGAUUACCUUCCACGAAGUUGUAGUAGAGCAAUGAAAGCUGUUGGUGUGGUCGAGGCCAGUUGUGAAGCAAUAUUUGAACUUGUAAUGUCCAUGGAUAGAAGCCGUUUUGAGUGGGACUGCAGCUUCCAGUAUGGCAGCUUAGUAGAGGAGGUAGAUGGACAUACUGCAAUAUUAUAUCAUAGACUGCAGCUGGGCUGGUUUUCCAUGUAA